AUGCCCGUUCCUUGUUUACAUUACUUCAAAGUUGAAAGUUUGAAACUGCAAGACCAAGACUAGUGCAUGCUCACAGCUUACAUGCGUCAAAAGGUGGCUGCUGCAGCCUGCCUGCCUGCAACUUUCGCAAGAGCUCCUAAACAAAGAAACAAACAAGCAAAGCAAGCGUCUCGGUCGUCUUUCUUGCUUUUUUAUAUUUCUCUUGAUUGGCAUUUUCACCUACCUACUUACUUUAGCUCUCUUUCUUCCUUUAAAUUCUAUACCAUCUCAAAACAUCACAUUUUCAUUUCUCAAUAACACAAGAACAUAUUCUUUGUUCUUUUUCAAAAUCAGUAGCCAACGUGCACCAUUCAUUCUUUGCUCCACUACAAUGAAAUAAAAAACACAAUUUCCCAUCCCCUUUAAUCUUCUCCCUCUUUAUAAAAAGCAUUUUGGUAUUUAUAACAGCUCAAUUGAGUCAAAGGACUUGUAGUGCUGCUGGUAGUGGCGUUGGCCCUUAUUCUCCUUCUUCCUUGCUUUAUCUUUUCCAUCUUGUUGUUUGAAGGUUGAGAAAAAAAAGGAGGCUGGGAGGUAUGGAUCCUGCUGUUCUUGAUGGUGUGAUUAAGAGGUUGCUUGAAGUUAAAGGCCAACCAGGGAAACAAGUGCGGCUUUCUGAGACUGAGAUUCAGCAGCUUUGUAUCACGUCCAGGGAGAUUUUUUUGAGUCAGCCCAAUCUUCUGGAGCUUGAUUCUCCUAUCACAAUCUGUGGAGAUAUACACGGACAAUAUUCUGAUCUUCUGAAGCUUUUCAGAUGUGGCGGAUUUCCACCUCAUACUAACUAUUUAUUCUUAGGGGAUUAUGUAGAUCGCGGAAAGCAAAGCCUGGAAACUAUAUGCCUUCUCCUUGCAUAUAAGAUAAAAUAUCCUGAAAAAUUUUUCCUACUGAGGGGAAACCAUGAAUGUGCUUCUGUAAACAAAGUAUAUGGAUUUUAUGAUGAGUGCAAAAGAAGAUUCAAUGUCAAACUAUGGAAAAUAUUCACAGAUUGUUUCAACUGCUUGCCUGUGGCAGCUAUUGUUGAUGAAAGAAUUCUCUGCAUGCAUGGUGGACUUUCUCCUGAUCUGCACAGUUUGGAUCAGAUAGUGAAUUUACAACGACCUAGUGUUGUUCCAGACUGUGGUUUGUUAUGUGAUCUCCUCUGGUCUGAUCCUAGUGGAGACGUAAAAGGUUGGGGAAUAAAUGAAAGGGGUGUUUCAUAUACCUUUGGUGCUGAUCGGGUGACAGACUUUCUGCAAAAACAUGAUCUCGAUUUGAUUUGUCGAGCUCAUCAGGUUGUAGAAAAUGGAUAUGAGUUUUUUGCGAACAGACGACUUAUAACCUUAUUUUCAGCUCCUAAUUAUUGUGGAGAGUUUGACAAUGAUGGUGCUAUUAUGACCGUGGGUCAGGAUUCAGUGUGUUCAAUUCAAAUACUGAAACCAGCUGAUUAGAAGCCAAGCAUGGCUACUGAUAAGCCUGGCAACAGUACAACCAAAAUCAAGGUACAUCUCAUUCCUUAUGGCUCCAAAUAUAAAGAGUUACUGACCACAUAAAGUUAAUUAGAGAAUGGCCUUUGCAUGAAAUUUAGUCCUUGUCAUUUGUUAGUGUCUCAUCUGUAGAAAUUCUUGUAUGACUCAGUCCACCACGUGUGAAGAGGAGCAGUUAAAAUAUACGAGUCAAUUUCAUCAAUUACACAUUAGCCCCCCUCACCCCUGCUCACAUUUUUUCCCAAUUUUCCUUUCUUUUUCUUCCCAUUCAACAUUGAAAGUUUGGCGCUGAGAGAUGAUGGGUACUGAAUUUUAUUCUAAUAGUUGAGUUUUCACAUAUGCUUCUCUCUGCAUGAUCACAUGUUCAUAUGUAUUGCUCUGGGUUAAAAGAUUUAUCCUACCUAGUGUAUGCAUGCCAGUUUCUAUAUAAAGGCCACAACAUAAAGUACAGGAAACACCUGAAUCAUUUAUAUUAUGUUCUUCAAGUAACAUGGUGCUUCACCACCGGUAACAUUUUAUGUUUACAAUAAAUAUCACCUAGAACUAGCAUGGACAAAUCAAGAAAGUAAGCUGUGCUUAUAAUCAUGCUCAAAAAUAUGUCUAUAUCUCAGAUACAUCCAUGCCUAGGUAGCAUCCUCAAAACAUUGUUCGUUCUUCCUUGAUGAAUUUUGGUCUUCAUUUCCUUCUGAAAGUAGCCUUCACAAAAAGUCCUCAGUUUGCACUUCUGAUGCAUUGCAGUGCUUAGAUCAUACAUGAACUGCUUUCUUGAUGCUGCAUUCCCUCAUUAUGCUUCUUUCCUUUUAAAGCAUCUGAUUGUUCACAGCUCCCAUCACACCAUGAGAUGAAACUAAUUACUGGUCCAGUUGCACAUUUAGAUUUAUCCUAAAAGAUUCCCUUCAUUGUCUUUUCCGUUUCCCUUCAAUUUUUUAGCGUUUCAUACUGUUUUUCUCUUUGAUAAAACUUUAGCCAUAUGUUUAAUUGGUGUUGGAUUCUUGUUAAGAAUAAAAGAUAUUUUCCUGCA